AUCAAUUGUGUGCUGCCCACCCUGAAGAUAAUACAGCUCAUUCACUGUGGUGACCGUCCGUGACGUUCGAGCGAAUCUACUUUGAUUUUGACAUUAGUUUCAUACAUGUAUAUUCCGAAUCAUCUGUGAUGUCAAUUAAUGAGUCUUCCUUCGGUCAGCACCUCGUGCACUUGUCACCCAACAUUGAGUUACUCGUUAAGUGAAUGACGUGAGGCCCUCCUUAUCCAGCCUGCAAAUGUGAAAGUGAGAAUGAAGAUGGCACAAAUAGUUUAGAUCUCCUACCUUGAUUAAGCUUACCAAACGUGGUCUUUAGUAAUGAGUAGGGAAAUAAUUGCCAUUGGAACCUGGUAAAAAUGUGGUUGUAAAUUAUUUCAAAAAUGCGGUUCAAUAAGCAGGAGUUAAUGACUUUGGCAACGCAGCCGUCGCAAAAGUUCGAAAAGGAGGGCAUAUUGUAUGUCCGCGAACGACAGGAAGGCUUCUUUCGUCGAACAGAGAGUACAAGUAAAAAAGUUGAGAGCAAAAGACAAAAAGGAAAGACUCAUAAGACUCUGCGGGACCUGAGUUGCGUUUCCGCCAGCACGAGUAAAGUAAGCUCUGAGAGAUGGUGCAGACUGCGGGGAAAUCUUCUGUUUUACUUUAAAUCGAGGGAACAAUGGUCGGAGCCCUUGGGAGUAAUAAUACUUGAACAAUGUUCUCUGCGAGUGGAACAGCCGACGAACCAAAUUCCUUAUGGAUUUAGUAUAGUUUUCGAUGGAGGGUUGUUCCAACAAUUAGGUGCCAAUUCCAUAGAUGAGAGAGACAGUUGGUUGCAGGCGCUGCAAUUGGCCAGCUACGAGUGCAUGCGAAGUCAAUUGUUGGCUUUACGACAAAGAAUCGAAGCCUGCAGUGGCCAUAAACACGAUACGGACAUACAGAUGUUGCGAUUGCAGCGGGGGAUCACUACAGGUUUUAACCGGGACAUCUCCUUGAAUAAUGGAAAAAUUAAUAUUCACGUUAAUCCCACCCUUCCUUCAGAUCCCGCGGAAAUACCUGUGUGUGAGAUAUCGUUAGCUUGUGAUAAUCUGCUGUGCGAUGGACAUGGCAGGCCUCCGAAUCCUGUUUUAGAAGUAGAUGUACAGCCGAUCCGUUCCAAGACUUGGAUAAAGUACGCCAGAACGGAAGUAGUGGAGAGGAGUAGCAACCCCGGUUUCUUGACAACAGUCAGCUUCCGGGCAAGUGAUGGUUUGACUACUGAGACGAAAGUAAGAAUUACUGCUUACGAUGUCAGAGAAAGAGUCAGCCAAACUGCAACUCCGAUUGGAAGUGCCAUAGUGACGUUCAGUGCGGUGCAAGACACCCCCAGACUGAGGAUCCCUCUGAAGUCAGCGAGAGCGAUAACCGUGGGGUUCCUCACGAUAAACGUGUGGAAUUUGGAGGCCGAAGACAAGGGUAACAGCACCGAAAGCACACCCUCGAGAAAUGUGCCCACCACUAGUAAUCAGGUAUAUUCGCACAGGAGGUCGCAGUCCUUGCCGCCGAGAUUGGGGACGAAAAUCAAAUUGCCGCAUCAGGGGCAACUUAAACUCCUAUUCGCAAAUCCCUACGUCCAGACCUACAGAUUUCAUUCCGGUCUCGGAGGGGACAUCUGCGUGCAUGAGAUCAUGGCGGAGAGCAAGCUAUGCUUCCAGUUUCCCCAGCAAUUACUCGGAAUUUGGAUACAAGAGGAAAAGGAACUUCUACAAGAAGUGGCCGGCAUGGGCGAAUUGCGAGAGCCCUGGCACACGAAACAAGUGGAGCUCCUCGACCGGCACUUGCAUCUUCUGCAUUUAUAUUCACAAGCCAAGGAGAACCUAUCUGCAUUUAAAGGGAGUUACUUCAAACAAUCCUCCCGAAAGAACGACAGGUCGUUGGAGUUUGCUCCUCUGAAUCUACACCUGCAAAGAAUGUGGGUUCACAAUGACACCCUGAACAAGUGUGGAUUUUAUGAUUUCAUCAGCGUGGGAGCAUUCACCGCGCAUUCGCAUAAAAGCAAGAAUGGCGGCCUUAUAAGAUUGGUGCAAGCACUCAAAGAGUCCCCCACGCGAUGCAGCCAGUUGUAUCAAGGGACCUCUAAAAUAAUAAUGGCUCACGAUGCCAUUCAAGCCAUUAAGCAGCUUCGCCGAGACGUCGUGGAAGCGAUGCGGUCUUUAAUGAAGCUAGCCAAAGAGAAGCAAACCAGCGGCAUGCUGCCGAUAUGCGAAGACAUGAUAUCAAAAACAAGAAUAUUGCUGAGCCUCUGGGACCCUGGACUGGUGGAGGAAGCAUUAACGUUCCUGGAGGAGCACAAGGUAGCCAAGAUCCAGGAAGAACUGAACAGCGAUGACACCCUGACCCUGGACUUCAAGACGAACCAGUCACUAUCUCCCUUCAAGAGAAUAACCCAGCAAUUAAACUUCGACCUGAAGAGCCCGGAUUUCGACGACUUCGUCACUCCCGACACUCCGGAGUGCGUCCAAGACAUUUGGACGAAGGAGAGCGCAAAGAACAAGUACUCCUGCCUGGGAACUAGGAACGAGAUCAACAGCAACAACGGUACUCUGCCAGAGGAGAAUUUCGUGAUAUUUCCGGAAGUCGAAGACGACCCUAAGGAAAAUGAGCCCCAGGAAAACGGGACCGACGAGGACAACAAUAACGAGGAGGAGGAAAAGGACGACAUAAGGGGAGAGAUCGACCCUAGUAAACGGUUCCUGGACACUCAGAAGAUGUGCAACUCGCCCUCUGCCAAUUAUUACAAGCCCACCGACGAGCCGGAACCCUGGGACCUCACCCAAUUGAACAUCGAAGCUAGCGUAAUGUGUCUGGUGUCGAAGGUAAAAUUUCUAUGCGGCCGUUGUAGCAGUCCUGCCGUUAGACUGCGCAAUAAAAACGGCCUCGGGAGGUCCCAAAGCCUGAAAGGAUGUCUGCCGAACAAUCGGGUCAACUCAGGGGUUGUUACGAUCCAGCCAAAGAAUGGUGUCAAGAGUGAGGAGUCCAGUAAACUCCUCGACAACUCUAAUGCUUCCAGGCAGCAGACCAGUCCUGGGAUGGAGAAGCCCACCCCGGCCUUUGCCAAGGCUAAAGAAGUGUGCCAAGCUGUGGACUCUAUGACCAGAGUGAUCAAGAGUAAUUCCGGCCAGAGGAACAAGUUCACGGAGGGUUUGGAUUUCGCUUCCAUCGUCGACUGGACCAGUGAGCUCAGACCGAGCAUGAAGAAACUGCGACAAGCGAUGGACGGACUUUUAAAGACGGCGAGGUUGACGCACUCCGUCUUCAGGGUGCAAGAGGACGCGAAGAGCGCCCAAAGAGCCUGCAACGUCAGAUACAGACGCGACGUGUGCUUCAGUCAAGCGUUAACGUCGCUGGUCUCGGGGCUGAUGGCCAAGCUUUGGUGCCAAAGGCCGGAUCCCAUGUUUCUUCUGAUCCUGACGACCCUGGGGCCUCUGGUCUCCUUCGAAGGGUUGCUGAGCUAUUAUGGGGAUGAAAUCGAUAUGUGGGGCGACAUGGCGGUGGCGGUGGAAGACAUGCACACCGUCACCUUCACUCUGUCCCGAUGUGGCAUCCCCGCCAGAAUCGAGGGAAAGAACAGUGGGACUUCUCAGCUACCUUUGCCUCGAGUGGUCGGCUCGAGAACUGCUUUGACAGUGAUUCUUCCAGUACCCGAUGCGAUAUACUCCUUACUACCUCUUGUGCCAUCAUCCAGACAAACGUUGUCAUUCAAUGUCACGCCCGUUUUUUUCAACGUCGGCAUAUGCGAGACCGCGUCCUUGGCGGAAAGCCUCGGGACUACCAAACCUCAGGAAAAAAGUAACAUGGACAAUUUCGAUAGGCUAAACGAAUAUUAUCUUAGAUUCAAGAAACUCAACCUACCGACAGAGCCUGCCUCCACCAGACUGGGCACGCGAUCUCCUCUAAAUCAAACUUUAGCCGAUAUGGUGACGAACCUGAAGUCCUGCGUCCACGCAAAGGUAAACAAAAACGUAGAGAUUUUGCAAUUGUCCUCGCAAAUAUGCCGACGAAUGAGAGGCCUGAGAUUCACCAGCUGCAAGAGCGCGAAAGACAGGACCGGGAUGUCGAUUACUCUGGAACAAGUGAACAUACUCGCCACGGAGUACCACUUGGCGGAACAUGAAUUUAUGCGAGCCCUCGACUGCAUGCGCAGCGAGGGCUGCCGAAGGGAGAACACGUGGAAGAACAUCGGCGUCCGGAAAUUCGCAUUCAACAGCUUGCAGAUUUUAAUCCUCCCUAAACUGUAUCGCCCACCUACAGGCUCGUAUGGCUCAGCGCAAACUUAAACUAAGUACCUAUACGUGUACGAUAUAAAUAAUGUAUUUAAUUGUCUAGCUGUACAAAGUAGGUGUUCGAGUGAAGAAGCUGGGCACCCGGUUGGGGCUCGACAUUUCUGGCUGGUCCGAGAAAAGACUUUUUGAGAGUUGUCCCCGAUUCUCUUGCUUCCUCUCGUUUACACGUUUACACGGUAACUUUUACCGUGCCCUUCCGACCAAGUUGAAAUAUCCGGGCCCCCUCGAACUACUCGUGGCACAAGGUCGAUCUUUUAUCGAGGUGCUAACAACCGAUCGAAUAUCCUAUCAGGCGAAGUUACUGUCGUACAGGGAAUUUCGGUCGAGUGAACCUUUCUUACUUUCGUUUGUCGAGGUACCGAAACGAAUAUUUAUUUUUUUUUUUUACGUUGCGAGCGAGGUCAGCCUCGGAGAGUUUGGUGCCAUUUUUCGCUAAGUUCGCGAGAGAAGAAGGAAGAUGUCGGAGUUAAUCGUCACUACGAACGCAGGGUCCUUAAAAGUGAUUUACUCAAGUCAUGUACAUAAAGCGUGCAUCAUGGAAUGCAGAUUAGUCUCUUAGAAGUAUAAUUUCCCGUAUUACUGUACGCGUGCGUAUCCAUUGCGUGUAUCGCAAGGACUUCUCUUCUUUCUUUUCUCUCCCUCUCUCUUGAACAACCUUCGUAUUGCUCAGUCAUCCAAUUUUCGAGAAUCCAUUUCUGCACAUUAUCCACAACGGUUGUCGCGCGAUAGAAAGUAUGUCGACCACCCCUCAUACAAACCUAUUGCAUACGUUUGUUGCACAUUCUUUCGUAACCCGAGAAAAGACAGAGACAUUGAGAAGCUUGUGAUAAAUCGAUUACCGCUGAAUAAUCGCAGAACUGCCGUAGUUUUAAUAAUCAAAUGAAGUACAUAUACCGUAAAAGAUUGCUAUCCCCUGUAACUGAACGGGACUAACAAUGCCCGAUUAAAGUAGAGCGUUUCUCGUUGGACUAAAUCGGGAUUUAUCGUCUAAGGUUUAAGAAUCUUCCAAAGAAAUCUCUCCAAUAGUCCCCAACUUUUUUUACUCCAAUACGUUCCGGAUUCCAUAUAUGCUUUGUUCAAAUAGAAAUUUUAAAGCGCAUUGGUAUUUCCUUCGGCAAGACUUUAUCCGUUAGAAUUGUUUAAUCGCCGAUGACCGUAUAGAGGGGAAUAUUAUAAAGGGAUCGGAUAUUACGCAGCACUUUGCAAUGUACGAGGAAUAUCUUAAAGUUUUAUAGCGUUAUUGUUACGACCCUAUCGAACAUAUCAAGCAGGUCCAAUUAUGAGUAUCUUGACAAAUGAUUCGUCGAAACAUACACGAAGAUUCCGUCGAACGGUGUGUCCCCUGUCGAUGUCACUUUACAAACAGUUUUACCACUUAAACAGGACUACAUUAUGUAAUAAUUAUACUCCACGAUAUCCGAUUCGCAUAUAAUGUUCCUUAAGGGGAUGUGAAAGUGGCAUCCGACAGGUCAAUCGUUCAUGAAAUUUUUGCUCCGAACUGGGUGUACCCAGUUUCAA